AAGAGGAGAGAGAGAGGGAGAGCAGCAUUCAAUCCACAGCCUUCUAGAUUGCAUCACAUCUCUUCACUAUGAAUAUCAUGAUGCUGCAUUUAUCAGCUGUCCUCCUCAUCCCCCUCGCUUUGUCUGCUGAAUCGCCCAGUAGACUUAACUUACUGAGGUUCUUCAUGGGGUUCGGACCAGAAGUGAACAAGGAGCAAAAAAUAUCGUUCAAUCCAGAGGCUGGUUUAAGAUUCAGGGAGCAGUAUGAGAAAAAGUAUGGUACAAGGGGUCAGUUGCUGAUAGAGAGGCUAGGCAAGGGUCUGGCCCCCGAGGGACCUCCUUUGGUGGACAUUGACCAGCUGUUAGAGCCUUCAAAAAACAAAACUAAACAUUAUAGAACGCACGAUUUCGCCUCACCAAAAACUAAAACAAGAAAAGACGUGGAGAUUAAAGUUAACCUGAAUCCAAGUGAUGAUGACAUCUAAGUGUUUUGACACAAUGGUAAAAAAAAACAAUGAAGUGACUCUUAUUUCCAAAGAAAAUGUUUUGUGAAAAUAGUGAAAUUAUAUGUUUGCUUUAAACUAUGUAUUUGAAUGAUAAAUAAUAUAUGUUGAUGUUGUUUAUGUUA